GCGACAUCAUGCUCAGUGUGAGGAACGUUAUAAUGACGCUAAGAUGAAGACAUUAAAAGGAAAAAGGCAGAGAACUUUCAGUCUGACCACCAGAAUGAAUGAUUCUGUUGGACAUACUGAAGUUGAUGAUGGUGGAUUUCAUGAUGGAGACUAUUCAAGCUUCAGUGACCAGAUAUCUGAUUCCGAGUCUUCAGAUAACACAGAUUAUGAAGAUAUUAACUAUGUUCCAGACACAAGUGGCAACUCUUCAGACACAAGUGUUCAUAGUAAGGAACUGAGAGUGACAGACAAUUCUCAAAAAAAACUGUUAAACGACGUUUCAUUGGGCUUUGCUACAGCACAUAGUGUGGAGAUCACUGGUUCUCAUAGUUCUUCAGUGAUAAGUUGCAGUGCCAAUUUAACAGAGAGCAUGUCGCAAAAUAACAGCUACAUAAAAGUCACGUCAUUGCCAAAAAGAGGAAGGAAGAGCAAGUACAACAAAAAACAAUAUUGUCUGUAUUGUGAAAAACCCAUGUCUAAAUUGGUAAGACACCUCGAAAUCACACACGGUAACCAGCCUGAUGUUGCAAGGGCUUUCAGAUUCGCGAAAGGAUCCUACAAAAGAAGAGAGCUGCUACCGUGUCUUAAAAAGAGGGGAAACUUUGCACAUAAUGCCACUGUGGCUGUCCAAGGUUCUGGAGCAUUUGUUGCUUGUCGAAGACCCACCAAAGAAAAACAAUCUGAUGACUACCGUCAUUGCAAUUUUUGUCAAGGGCUAUAUGCAAAAGAAAGCCUUUGGAGACACGUUAGAAGAUGCCCCCAGAAGCCUGUUGAAGGAGACUCUCCCACUGGACGAAAGCGGAUAAAACUUGACUUGCCAAAACCCGAUCAAGUUCAUGAAGCUGUUUGGAAAAUUGCUUGCGAAAUGAACCAGGAUGCCGUUUCCAUGGUUGUAAAAAGUGAAAGAGACAUUCUUCGCCUUGGUCAGUCACUGUACAAAGGCAGGAAACCGCAAGAAAGAAGGAAUGAUUACAUUCGCCAGAAAAUGAGAGAGAUAGCAAGGCUGCUGAUAGUAGCUAGAGCUAAAACACCUUUGAAGAGGACAGAAGACCUUGUUAUGCCCAGCAACUUUCCUCACGUGAUACAAGCAGUCAGAGUUGUUGCUGGUUAUGACAUGGAAAGCAACUCGCAUAAAGUCCCAUCCUUGGCUCUAAAAUUGGGGCACAGUUUAGCAAACGUUGCAGGAAUUGUGCAGUGCAGUGCUAUCAUUGCACAUCGCCAUGAUGUUGCUGAGUCAGCCAAGCAAUUUGCCACUCUGCAUCAGAAACAAUGGGCAGAGUCAAUUUCAUCUGCUGCAUUGGGCACGCUUCAACAAGCCAAAUGGAAUAAACCCCAGCUUUUGCCGUUUACACAGGAUGUGUCGCUGCUGCACCAGUUUCUUGCUGCGGAGUGUGCUAAAUGCAUGAUGGACAUGAAGGAAAAACCUAACAACACAAACCUUGGGAAUCUUGCUAAAGUAGUUUUGACGCAGGUAGUACUAUUCAACAGAAAACGGCAAGGAGAAGUUUCAAAAAUGGAGGUCCAGGUUUUUGCAUCCCGGAAUAGGACAGAGCUGAAUCCCGACAUUAUGAUGUGCCUCAAUGAGUUGGAGAGGAAGCUUGCAAAGCACUUUGAUAGAGUUGAGAUUCGUGGUAAAAGGUCAAGAAUGGUGCCUGUGCUUCUCACACCUGACAUGGUCACAGCAAUGAACCUCCUCAUGGAAAAUAGGAGUAAGUGUCAAGUCCCCACAGAGAAUGUGUACUUAUUUGCCCGUCCAGGUGCACUUUCCCAUUACAGAGGCUCUGACUCCCUUCGCAAGUAUGCAAACCAAUGCAGUGCAAAGAACCCAGAGGCACUCACGUCAACAAGAUUGCGGAAAUAAGUUGCCACUUUAUCCACAGUACUAAAUCUUAAAAAGAAUGAAAUGGAUCAGCUUGCUACCUUUCUUGGACAUGACAUCCGGAUCCACCGAGAAUUCUACCGGCUUCCAGAGAGUACCCUACAGCUGGUAAAAGUCAGCAAACUGUUGAUAGCAAUGGAAAAAGGGAAACUGUCUGACCUGCAGGGGAAAGGACUGGAUGACAUUGACAUACACCCUGAUGAUAAGGUUGCCACGACUGACGAUGAUUCUGAUGAAGAAACCAUAUCUGACCUACAACAGCAGAGAGGUUCAAAAACUGAGACUUCUGAGGACCCAAACCAUACACCUGACUCAACCACAUUGAGCAACAUGGAGGCCACUUCAGAUUCAGUCACGUUGGACCCCUGGAGGGCACGUCGACAAAAUCGUCGUCAGCACUGAACCAACAGAUUCACAGCAAGACACAGCAAUUAAUGUGGGCAUAUCUUUGAAGUGCUCCAAUGAAAACCAAGGU